GACCGAGGCGAUUGGGAUUGCGGCUGCCAACAAGAGCAGGAGGCAAGUCUACGCUGCAGGGCCCCAAACCAGACCUUCUACACCGUACACCUCUUCUCUCAGGUCAAUUUUGCAUUGUCAAAAGUACCCUUCGCAACAUCUUCCCACAGCUUCAUUUCUUUCCAACAACAUCUUUUUUCUGGAAUCCAUUGCAGAAGCGUCGGCGCAAACAUCUCUACCGUAUCGCGAGAUUUGUUUACUUUGCGCUGUACCGGUCCGUGCAGCUGGUUGUUGAUGACGGUCGCAGGUUGCCAUCAAGACUACCUGUGGAAGGAAGAAAUCUAAAACACUCUUAGCCCCUUCACCAGAUUCGAGGUCUUAAUCUCCAGCUCACCCUCUCUCUUUCUCGCACUGGCACGCUCAUCUCCAACUUGCACCUUCUUUGCGACUCUUUCUCUUGCUCUCCCGUAUCCGUACCGAAUCCAGCAGCGAAAAUGGCCUCAGAAGGUGCCGCCAACCAGUACCAGGUGCUCGAGGAAUUGGGUAGUGGAAGUUUUGGGGUGGUGUACAAAGCCAUUGACAAGAGCUCUGGCGAUGUCGUUGCAAUCAAACACGUAGGUCUUCCUUCACCAAAACGCCGGCGAGUGCCUUCGUAGGCCGCAAAUUGACACAGCAACCACAGAUUGAUCUAGAAUCGAGCGAAGACGACAUCCAAGAAAUUCAGCAAGAAAUCUCGGUUCUGAGCACUUGCGCCAGUCCCUACGUCACCCAGUACAGAGCCAGCUUUCUCCGGGGGCACAAGCUCUGGAUUGUGAUGGAGUACCUGGGGGGAGGAUCCUGUUUAGACCUGGUAUGGGGUUUCACUGCACGACCCGCUUCACGAACUGACCUUUUGCAGCUCAAACCAGGAUCAUUUAACGAAGCCCACAUAGCGAUCAUCUGUCGCGAACUACUGCUCGGACUCGAGUACUUGCACCAGGAGGGGAAGAUCCAUCGUGAUAUCAAGGCUGCCAAUGUCUUACUAUCUGACAAAGGCAAGGUCAAGUUAGCAGAUUUCGGUGUCGCAGCCCAACUCACCAACAUCAAGUCGCAACGAAACACCUUUGUCGGCACCCCUUUUUGGAUGGCACCAGAAGUUAUCCAGCAGGCUGGUUAUGACUUCAAGGCAGAUAUAUGGUCGCUCGGUAUCACGGCUAUCGAAUUGAUCAAUGGCGAACCCCCGAAUGCCAAUGUUCAUCCCAUGAAGGUGCUAUUCCUCAUUCCCAAGGCACCUGCUCCUCGACUAGAGGGCAACCAGUACAGCAAAGAGUUUAAAGACUUUGUCGCACAGUGCCUAGUCAAGGAUUGCGAUAGACGACCCAGCGCAAAGGAACUCCUGCGACACAAAUUUAUUCGCUCAGCUGGAAAAGUCGAGGCUUUGCAAGAGUUAGUUGAGAGAAAACAAGAAUGGGAUGGUUGUCGGACCCGACCUUCUCACCCACGAUUCUACGAAGAGACAUUGUAUGUAUUUAGUCCCGUGGCUGGAAAGACUCCAUCUAACAUGCACAGAAAUAAUAUGAAACCAAAAUCGGAGCCUGAUGAAUGGGUGUUUGAUACCGUCAAGGCACCUCCCUCUGUUGCACACCGAAAAAGUACGACAAAGAGAAGGAAGCUAUCGGUCAUCCAUGCCAAUGGUCAAGGUGUAUCCUCGGGUGUGGAGGAAUCAUUAAAACGACUUGAUCUUAAGGACACUCCCCUGGAAUAUUCGUCUCCCCAGUCUGUUACCAUUAAAAAAGGAACCGUUCGCAGACAGCCGUCUAUAGUGCAACUCACAACCCCCACCAAACAUCGUCAAGUAAGCUCACAAAAGAAGCCACUUCAACCUGACUUGAGUUUUGGAAAUACUGGUUCCACUGUUCGGGUAUUUCGUCGGGUAUCCGAUAACUCUAUAACAACACUAGUUGAUUCUGAUGCGUCAGUUACGGGUUCUACGCGAGACGAAAAUCGGCCUCCAAUGACAGCGAACGUUACAAAAGAAGCUGUUCUCGGUCGACGAGCAUUUAACAAAGUAAUGGAUCCCACAUUCCAAGAACUACAUGCACAGACUGGCAAUCAAGAAAAACGGGAAGCGAUAUCUAAACUCGCCGACGCCUGGACUGCUCUUGACGCAAUCGACCCCGAGGGAGAAUAUCAACUUCUGAAAGCUUUGAUUGAGAAAGCUCAACACGACCCGAAGCUCGCCUCUCUAUUACCAACUUCCCGCAAAGUUUCUAAUCGUGACCCAACUCCCCAAGCUACUCCACCAUCAACGCCUCAGAGGUCCGGAGCAAAAUUGGUCAUGGCCCAAAGUAAUCCACACUUGAAGAGCCAUCGAUUGAGACGAUCGAGCGUGAUGCCAGAAUCGGACCACAGAGAGAAACUCGCCCAUCUACCAGGUCAAAUCGUUCCAGGUAUGGAGCACACCAAGCAGCUCAGUGAUGUUCUCUAUGGUCGAUGGGCUGGUGCCUUAAGAAAUCGAUGGCCAGCAGUGUAAUUACCAACUUCUACUGUUCAGUACACAUUAUUGCAUAGCAUCAUCAUAGGAGUUGUCGAAGAUACAAAAGUAGGUUGAAUUGUAUUUCCUAAUUGCAUUUUGAAAAAAACAAAAAAAAAGAGAAGAGGAAAUCGCCCAGGUAGAAUUUGUGGAGCGACUCCAGCGUCAAUAUUAGUGUGUCUUUUUGUUGAUGGUAUUGUAAAGCGUAAGGGAACAAGCAGAUCUCCAAGGGAGCAGUUUGGGAAGGGAAGGGUGUUUAUUGGCGUUUGAAUGGUACCAGUCUGAGGAUUGGAUUGUAUUGGAUUGGACUGGACUGGACUGGGAGUUUCUUUUUUUCACGAUUCAUGAAUAUGUUGUUUUCGUAUAUUGAUGAGGGACUUUUUGGUUUCAAAUUCUCUCUCUCUUUAUUGAGAGAGAGGGGAGGGGACGGAUGAUGGGGAUGACGGAUUGGG